GACAUUCUAGCACACCCCAUCAGUUCAAACGCCAUCCUCGUGGAGUGGGAGGAGCCAGAGAAAGCCAAUGGACAGAUGAAGGGCUACACGGUCUACUACACCGAUAACCCGAGCCAGGACCCGAAGCUGUGGCUGAAGUCGGAGGUCAAGUCGGGUCAGGUGGUCACGAUCGGCGACCUGAGGCCGCAGCACACGUACACGGUGCGCGUGCGCGGCUACAACAGCGUCGGGCUGGGUCCACUGUCGCAGCCCGUGCAGGUGCUGACCGAGCAGGGAGUUCCGACGCAGCCGAUCCACCUUGAGGGUACAGCGACGUCGCCCAACACGAUCCAGCUCAACUGGCAGGAGCCGUUCCAUGCCGCAGACAGCAUCACGCGCUACGAGCUCUACUACAACGAUUCGACGACAGGCAAGAGCAUACAUCUCAGCAUCCAGCCGUCGACGAGCUACCUGAUGCAGAACCUCAUCCCAAACACCGUCUACACGGUGCGUAUGUCGGCGAGCUCUCAGCGAGGCGAGGGCGUCAGCACGCACCCGGUGCAGAUACGUACUGUCGAGUUCGUGCCCGGUGGCCCUCCGCGCGACGUACGGGCCAACGCGGUCGACGCGCGCAACGUGCGCGUCACCUGGCGGCCGCCGCAGCAGACACUGCAGCACGGCGCCAUCACGCAGUACCACGUCGUCUACAUGCCGACGGACGAGGUCGAUGACGCGCUGGCGCGCACCGUGUCCGUGCCGGCGUCGCGCCGCGAGCUCGUACUGCGCGACCUCGACGUGUGGACGCUCUACAGCGUGUGGAUGUACGCGAGCACGGCCGUCGGCGACGGCCCGCCGUCAGACCGUAUCCAGGUGCGGACGUCCGAAUCCGUUCCGGGCGAGCCGCGCAAGGUGCGCGUCUACACGCUCAACUCUACGGUCGUGCGCGUCGAGUGGCGCAACCCGGCCGAGCGAGAGCGCAACGGCAUCAUCCGCGGCUACCACAUCCACGUGCAGCGGCUUGCGCGCGCAGGCGGAGACCCCGUCGGACCGCCGAAGAAGUUCGAGACGACUGCCGACCAGGAGGAAUACAUCGUGACAGGUCUGUCUCCGGAGACGUGGUACAGCGUGCAGGUGGCUGCCUACACCCGGGCCGGCGACGGCAAGCGCAGCCGCGGCAAGACCGCACAGACACCUGGUGGUGUGCCGAACGCGCCUCAGAUGGACGUGAAGCUGAACAGGACGCGCGACGGAGUCAUCAACGCACGCGUCGAGUGGAGCCGGCCGACGGCGACGUACGGAGCGCUGCUCGGUUACCGGCUCGAGUACGGCAAGGUCGGUGAGCAGCUCAGCCGGCCGCUAGAGCUAGAGGACAUCAACUUCUUCAACUUCCAGGACCUCGACAAGGGCUCCACCUACGAGUUCCGCCUGACAGCGAGAAACGAGGAGAACUACGGAGAGGCUGCUGUGAGGAUGGUGGCGACACCUGACGGAGUUCCAGAUGGCGCUCCUGAGAACCUCACCUACUGGCUGCAGACGCCGACAGUGAUGCGUCUCAGUUGGCUGCCCCCGGUGCUGCGAGAUCGCAACGGUAACAUCACCAUGUACACUGUGCAGUACUACAAACAGCACGACCACAGUGGAAAGAUUGAGUACAACACGACGAACCCGUUCAUGAUUGUGCCAAACCUGGAGCUGGAUCGCAUCUACUACUUCUCCGUGCGCGCGCACACGAGCCAGGGCGCGGGACCAUGGAGCGAGCACCUGAGGGUCGGCACGACCGAAGACGCGCCUGUAGCACCGACGGAAGUGAAGGCCGUCCCCAUCUCUCAAGAGUCUGUCGAGGUGUCAUGGCAGCCCGUCGACAUGCCGUCGGUGAUCGGAUACGAGAUAUUCUAUGCUCUGCGGGCCGUCGAAGACAUGUCACAGUGGAACACCGUCAAGGUUGGAGGCCGUCACACGAUGUCCGUCGUCAUUGAGAAUAUGGAGCGCAUGGCGACCUAUGCAAUCCAGGUUGGAGCACGCACAGCCAAGGGCAUCGGAGUACUCUCUAACCACGCUUUCGUAACCGUCGACCCGAAACGGGUGCCCAUGAAUGUCAUGGCUGUACUGGAUCCGACUGAGGACAAGGUGGUGUUAUCAUGGCAACCUCCAAUGGACGUCAUUCCCAUUAAAUAUUGGGUCUCAUACGGAGCGAUGAAAACUUUUAAGGACGAGUACGGUCAGAACAACACGGUCAUCUUCGAGUCAAAGUCUAGUGAGGUGUCCGUUGAUCAGCUCAAGCUGACCGUCGAGGACUUGGCGCCAAAUACCGUCUACCACUUCAAUGUGAGUGCGGUGACGAUCGCUGACGGCGUGCUGCCUGCCGCGCGCGAUAAGACGCGCACCCAUAUGAGAGCGCCCUCUGUGAUCAGCGCGCCAGUGUUCCGCGGCGCGACGGGUCACAACACGCUCAAGCUGGAGCUGUUCCGCGCGUCGGAGAAGUGGGGUCCGAUCGACCACUACCUCGUCGCCGUCGUGCCGGCAGACAUGAUCGGCAAGGACCCCGAGCAGUUCACCCUCAAGGAGCUGGACGUCGACACCAGGGAUAAGACGAGCUCGGGGAGAGUUCCCGGUCCGUCGGCAUACAUCGCGGCGCGAUUCCGCUCCGACGACUACCCCACCUACCCGAAGUACUUUGAGCUGGGUGACGGCGUUCGCUACGGCAACUACUACAACCGCGAGCUCGUGAAGGACCAGGAGUAUCGUGUGUUCGUGCGCGCCGUCGUCGUAUCGCAGGGAAACAGCCUGCCCACUUCGACGCCGUUCUCUGAGCCAAUCAGCCUUGGCGCGGACGUCAUGAUGGCGUCCGGCGGACCUGAGGACGACAACAUAUUUGUUGUGAUUGGUCCGAUCAUCGCCGCUGUGCUGUGCUUGUUCGCCGUCAUCGCUCUCAUCGUCUUUUUGUACAGACGAAAGCGACGGACGCCGAAGUCUCCCGAGCCGACGAAGGUCGCGUACAUGGACGUGCCGACGCACCCGUCCGACCCCGUCGAGAUGCGGCGUCUCAACUUCCAGACCCCCGGCAUGAUGAAUCACCCGCCGAUCCCCUACACGGAGCUCGCCGACCACAUCGAGCGUCUCAAGGCCUCAGACUGUCUCAAGUUCUCACAGGAGUACGAGUCGAUCGAGCCGGGUCAGCAGUUCACAUGGGAGCACUCAAACAAGGAGUACAACAAGCACAAGAAUCGCUACGCCAACGUGAUCGCCUACGAUCACUCGCGCGUCAUCCUGCAGCCACUAGAGGGCAUCCCGGGCAGUGACUAUAUCAAUGCCAACUACUGCGACGGCUACAGGAAGCAGAACGCGUACAUCGCGACUCAGGGCCCGCUCGGAGAGACGUUCGGCGACUUCUGGCGCCUCAUGUGGGAGCAGCGCAGCGCGACGAUUGUCAUGAUGACGCGCCUCGAGGAGCGCAACCGCAUCAAGUGCGACCAGUACUGGCCGAGCCGAGGCACGGAGACGUACGGCCCGAUGCAGGUCACCAUCGUCGAGGUCACCGAGCUCGCGACCUACACCAUCCGCACGUUCGUCGUGUCGCGGAUGGGCUACCCGGACAAGCGGGAGGUGAAGCAGUUUCAGUUCACGGCCUGGCCGGACCACGGCGUGCCGGAGUAUCCGACACCCGUGCUAGCGUUCCUGCGCAGGGUGCGAGCCAUGACCCCACCCGAGUCCGGACCCAUGGUCAUCCACUGCAGUGCGGGCGUCGGCCGCACGGGGGCAUUCAUCGUCAUCGACGCGAUGUUAGAGCGCAUCCGCCACGAGAAGACGGUCGACAUCUACGGCCACGUGACGUGCCUGCGCGCACAGCGCAACUACAUGGUGCAGACCGAGGACCAGUACGUGUUCAUCCACGACGCGCUGCUCGAGGCUGUGAGCAGCGGCAACACGGAGGUGCCCGCCCGCAGCCUCUACACGCACAUGCAGCGGCUGAUGCAGCCCGAGCCCGGGGAGAACGUCACCGGCAUGGAGCUUGAGUUCAAGCGAUUAGCAAAUGUAAAGGCUCAACCAUCUAGAUUCAUCAGUGCCAACCUGCCAGUGAACAAGUUCAAGAACAGACUUGUCAACAUCCUGCCUUAUGAAUCAACAAGAGUAUGUCUGCAGCCAAUCAGGGGAGUGGAUGGUUCAGACUACAUCAACGCAAGCUGGAUAGAUGGCUACCGCUACCGCAACGCAUACAUCGCGACGCAGGGCCCGCUGCCGGAGACGACCGAGGACUUCUGGCGCGUGCUGUGGGAGCACAACUCGACGAUCAUCGUCAUGCUCACCAAGCUCCGAGAGAUGGGCCGGGUGAGUGAACGCCGGGAGAAGUGUCACCAGUAUUGGCCUAGUGAACGAUCGGCCCGUUACCAGUACUUCGUUGUCGAUCCCAUCGCAGAGUACAACAUGCCUCAGUACAUACUUAGGGAAUUUAAGGUUACUGAUGCAAGGGAUGGACAGUCGCGGACGGUCAGGCAGUUCCAGUUCACUGACUGGCCUGAGCAGGGCGUGCCCAAGUCUGGUGAGGGCUUCAUCGACUUCAUUGGACAGGUGCAUAAAACGAAGGACCAGUUCGGCCAAGAUGGACCCAUUACUAUACACUGCAGCGCGGGGGUCGGCAGAACGGGCGUGUUCAUCACCCUCAGCAUCGUGUUGGAGCGGAUGAGAUACGAGGGCGUGGUCGACAUGUUCCAGACCGUGAAGACACUGCGCACGCAGCGGCCCUGCAUGGUGCAGACUGAGGACCAAUACCAGUUUUGCUACAAGGCAGCACUCGAAUACCUAGGAUCGUUCGACCACUACGCGACAUGACUACUGUGAUCACGUGGCCUCUCCUCGCCUGUAUAGCAAGGAUGGAGGACGGGACCAUGUUAAUACCGAUGACGAAAAUGCCAGUCGUCGAGACGCGCCACCGCGGCGCUAGAUGUGAACGAUGUGAGCUUACUGCAGGCUGAUGCUGCUGUGCCGAACGGUGCUGCCACCUGUACUCAGCAAACGCAACUGUACAAUGCAUUGAAGCAGUGCUCAAUGGUUUAGUGACCUGUGGCUAGUGAACUGUGGCGACCGUGUGAAAAAUGGCCGACUGACUGCGCGAUACGACGGAUCGCCAAAACGAGGACUGCGUGCGGAUUUGCAAGACUCCACCGCCACCGGGCUGGUAACCGUGCGCGGUUGAGUGGCGGCUACGGCGAGCGACGCUUGGUCAACACGCCCCGACAAGUGAACACUGCCGCCGUGCCACGUCAUCUGCAUCGCCCAACUCGCCAAGUAGAAUCUCAAAUCGCCGGUUAAGUUGCCCACGGCAAGGUUGGUUGGAAUGCAGAUGUUCUUUUUUAUUGAUUGUCUAUAUAAUAGUAACGGAUCUUGUUGAAUGAAGUUUCGUAUUAAAACAGUUGAAUUGUUCACUCGUUUAUAUUUCCACCGGAAUUAGGGCGUGAUUUUAAAUUUUGCAUGUUUUUUCUAGCACGCGCACGGUUGGUUAAAUUUUAAUGAGAUCCUAAUCGAGUAGCUAAGUACACCGAUUUCUUUGUGGCGAGACAAUUAUUUUGACCAUUCCUCCGCUUACGACGGACGACUGCGAAAACGAGUGCAUGUACACAACACAUUUCUGCGUAAGCGUCAUUGAUCUUUUGUUACCUAUGUGAGUGUUGUCUACAUCAGCGGAAGUUAUAAGUAUCUCGCUGCCCACGCCGUUGUAGUCCCGUGAAAUGUGAGCAUUUAUCUUUGUGAAAGCAGAUAUCGUCAUCGCUGUUAUACGAAUGUAAUAUGCUCUCUGUGUUGUUAGCAUCUCGUCGGCGUUGGAAUCGGUCGCGAUAAUGUAUAUUCUCCACGUACUGUGAGGUGACCUUCAUGAUGUUUGCAAUUAUCGAUUGUUGCGAUGGAUAUUUUGUACGUGUUUCAUUCAUUUCGUAUAGGCGCGUCGUAAAGUGUAAUGCACUGUCACACUCGAUUAAGUAGCUUUCUACUUCCAUGGGACGACCAUCAUGUAUGAGAGGUUUUAAAAGCUGAGCUUGUCCCACUAUCCCUGGCGAUGCUGACGUAAUGCGAAUUCACUUAAACAUUAUACACCGCACAUUCCUCGACCAAUUCGUUAAAAGCGAGCGCAGAUAUUGAAACACGCAGGGCCUUACCCCCCCCUCCCCCAUAUCACGUUGAGAAUCGUGUACAUGUGCGGUAAACGAAAAUAUUCAUCAUCAAGUUUCGUCAUCAACGUUUUCGUGCAUUAUUUCAACGCGUCGCUUUCCUUCCGCCGUAAACCUUGCAAACGGUUUGGAUGUGCGCGUUCACAUGCAAGAUUACAGUGUAUGUGUCAGUAAUGUAGCGUUUAAAAAACAUUGCGAGGGUUUUAUAUCGAUGACGAAGUGUCGUCAAAGAUCGUAGAUUCACUCCAUUUGUGAUGACCAGACGAUUAGUCUGAUAGUGCUAUGAGUGAUUGAAAUGUGACAAGAAAGACGCGAGCUAUAGGAUUGUAUAGGCGCAUAGCCAGUUUACGCGUGGUCGAAGGCGUCGUGCGCGUGCAUGAGUGUAGAAACUUUUAUCCGCGGGUGUAACAUGGUGGGAUCGCUUCCUUGUCACCGUUUUGGUGACGUUAUAAUUGAGUAUAGCAUGAAUCAUUUAUAUGUAAUGUAUAAAGUAUUUUCCUCGACGUCAUGUCGCGCGAAUUGAAUUUGUUGUACAUAAACCGUGCGAACGUUCCCCCUUCAACCAGACUUGUCUAUAUUUGAUGUCAUGAAUAAGAAUAAUGUUUAGCUUUGUGAGAAUAUUAACAUUGAUUCUAGAGGGGGCCUACUUCAGUGUGUUUCCGCUUAAUGUAUUGUCUAUCUGACAAAAUGAACUUGUGCGCAUGUCUGUUGAUUUUGGCGUACGGUGGCCCAGCUGGAUACUACACAAUCUUCCUAGGAGAAUUUACAGCAUCAAAGCCGAACCGCCGUAGACGUUAGUUUGGCCCGUUUGUAAAGUUUCGUGUCGUAACCCACACUUAAUGAAUAAAUGAUAUACACUGUACGAAAUCA